CAUAUAAAGGUUUGUGAUUUUGGCUCUUACAUUGACUGAAACCCUAAUAGCGCGCAUACUCUCUCUAGGCAAGCAACAACAGAUCCUUGGAGCCGCUUCUAUUGAUCCCCCUUUUCCGUGUGAUAUCAACAAAGAUGGUGAGAGUUAGUGUGUUGAAUGAUGCCCUCAAGAGCAUGUAUAAUGCUGAGAAGCGUGGAAAGCGUCAGGUCAUGAUCAGACCUUCAUCAAAAGUCAUCAUCAAGUUUCUCAUUGUGAUGCAGAAACAUGGAUAUAUUGGAGAAUUCGAGUAUGUUGAUGAUCACAGGUCUGGAAAGAUUGUUGUGGAACUUAAUGGUAGAUUGAACAAAUGUGGUGUGAUCAGUCCUCGAUUUGAUGUGGGUGUUAAGGAGAUUGAGGGAUGGACUGCUAGAUUGUUGCCAUCUAGACAGUUUGGUUACAUUGUACUGACCACCUCAGCUGGAAUUAUGGACCACGAAGAGGCUAGGAGGAAGAAUGUUGGUGGUAAGGUGCUUGGUUUCUUCUAUUAGUCUUCUCAUGAAUGGGUUAAGAAUUAUAGCUAAUUUUCUGGGCUUAGAUCAAAAGUUAAUCCAGUUUAGUGCUUGGGUUUCUUUUUUCUUUUUACAAAGUGUAAGACUUUCAUACUCUUAAGAGAAGUUUUUGAUGUGUUGCAUGCGAACCUUAUUUUCAUUUUCAAAUUUCUAUUGACUAUUGAGUUUGCCCAAAGAUUGUCUUUAUAUCGAUCAUGUGUCAAGUUGAGUA